CUCCACGACUCUCCCAAGCUGAGCUGUGCUGCCGCUGCUUUCGCCUUCACUAAUCAUCAUCACCACCACCACCACCACCACCAUCAUCGCCUCCUCCCUCCCUCCCACACACGCGCCUUGCUGUUGCGGCCGGCCGGCGAGAGCGAGGAGCGGGGGCGGCCUGGAGGUGGAGGCGGAGGCGGAGGGGGAGGGGGAGGGGAUGGCGGGUGCGUGGGGCGGCACCAAGCAGAAGUGCGCCUCGUGCGGGAGGACGGUCUACCCCGUGGAGGAGCUCACCGCCGACGGCCGCGUCUUCCACCGCCCCUGCUUCCGCUGCAGCCACUGCAAGAGCACCCUCCAGUUUAGUAACUAUUGUUCCAUUGAAGGCGUCCUAUAUUGUAAACCUCACUAUGACCAGAUAUUGAAAUCAACUGGCAGUUUGGAGAAAAGUUUUGAAGGGACAUCAAAAUCAGCUAAAGCAGAAAAAUCAAAUGGACAGAAGGGUCAACAGAACAGAUUCUCUAGCAUGUUUGUUGGUACACAAGACAAGUGCGUAGUUUGUAACAAGACUGUGUACCCUCUUGAAAAGGUUGAUCUUAAUGGGAGCUCAUAUCAUAAAUCGUGCUUUCGUUGCACCCAUGGAGGCUGUACACUUAGCCCAUCCAACAAUGUCACGCAUGAAGGCAAACUUUAUUGCAAGACCCAUCACUCUCAAUUAUUCAUGGUUAAGGGAAACUUUAGCAAAUUUGAAGAUAAUACUGCAAAUGCAAAGGUGGAUAUUGAGAAACAACCAGAACAUGAAGAUGCGACCGAGAAUGUAGGUCACCCAGAUCAAGGUGAUGGGCUCACUGAGAAACCAUUAGAAAGUAAACCCGUGCCGGAUAAACCGUCACAGGACAAUAUUGUGGCUGAAAAGCAAUCACAAAGUUGUGUUGAUAUCCCAAAACAAUCAGAAAGCACAACAGUUGAGAGGUCAGAAGAAGGGGGAAGUGUUACUGAGAGUGAAUCAAAGAGUCAUGAAGUCAGCAAUAAACCACCAGAAAGUAGUGUAGAAAAGUCACUCGAGAGCAGUGCAGUUAAUGUACAGCCAUCAAGAAGUAGUUCAGCCUUAAGGAAAUCAUGGCAGCGCAAUCUUCCCACAGACAAGCCAUUGCUGAGUUCUACAGCCACUGAAAAGCCUUCUCCAAGCAGUGCUGUCAUUGAGGACCCCUUGCCAAGUAAUGGGGUUGAUGCAAAACAGCCAGAAAGCAGCACCACCAGCACAGUGGUGAAAAAGCCAUGGCAACGCAGGAUAGCUUCAGAGAAUCUACCAGAGAGCACUUCGCCAUUGGAUAAGCCGUCGUCAACCAGCGCAGAUGAUGUGAAACCAUCAGAAAACAGCAAAUUGAUCAGAAAACCAUGGCAACGUGUUGUGGCUGCUGAGACACAGAUACAGAACAGUGGACCAACAGAGAAGUCAUCAUCAACAAAUGAUUCGAAGCCAUUAGAAAGCACCACAUCAAUUAAAAGGCCAUGGGAGCGCACAGUGGUAAAUGAGAAGCCACCAAAGAAAAUUACAGACACGGAGAAGACACUGCAGAACAAUACAGAUGCUGAGAAGCCAUCCAGUAGUGCCAUUGAUGUGAAGCUGGAGGAAACCAGUACAGCACCCACUGUGCCAGAGGAACACAGUGAAACUGUGAAGAAACCUUCACAGACCAGCGCAGAUGAUGUGAAGCCGUCAGAGAGCACAGCAGCAGUGGUUAAAAAGCAAUGGGAACGUAACAUAGGAUUCCAGAAACAGGCCCAGAGCAGUGUAACUGAUGCAAAGACAUCUGAAAGCGGUGGAAUGGGCAAAAGAUUGUGGCAGCGCAAUGUUCCAACUGAAAAGCAAAGCAGUCCGUCGGUUGUGACACCGUCACAAGUUAGUGUGGCUGACAGCAAUCCGCUCCAAAGCAGUGUGGGUGUGAAAAAGCCGUGGCAAAGAAGCAUGUCUAGAGAAAAACAGCCAGAGAAGGAUACAUCUAGCAACAAACCACUGCAAAGCAGUGUACUUGCUGAAGAAGCACAGAAAAUCAAUGUGACUGCUGAUAACAAAUCAGAUAUCAUCCAAGAUAAAAAGAACAAUGGUGCUACUGCAGAGAAUCUGUCAGCAAUAAGUGAAACCACCGAAAAACUACCACUUACUGCAAAUAUAUUGCAAACUGAUAUUUCCAGAGAAAAGUCGUCAGAAACUGACAUGUUUUCUGUAGCAUCAUCUCAGAGCACUGAGCAAUCUAAGAAGCCAUCAGAAAACACUGUUGAAAAUGAGAAGCCAGCACAGAAUGAUGUUGCUGCUGAGAAGCUACCCCAAACCCAAAAUAGCAUUGGCAAGAAGCUAUUAGGAAGUUUAGAAGCCAUGUCAAAACCAUCUCCAAGUGAUGCAGGUCAUCAGGAAAUAAUGGAGAGGGAGAUGCUGACAGAAAAAUUACCAGAAAGUACCAUGGAUGUUGAGAAACUAUCUCAAACUGCUAAACUAACCGAAAAGCCAUCUAAAGAAGAUGCUGCAGAGAAGUUACCACAAACCAAUGAACCUUCUGAGAAGCCACAUGAGAGUGAAGAUGUUGAGAAGCCACUCCAAAAUGAAGCUAAUGCUGAGAGCACAAUAAUAGAUAGUGAUCACUGUCUUGAGAAGGCACCUCAGGAUGAUGCUAAUGUUGAGAAUCCUACGGAGCCUGAAAGUGAUGCUGCUUCUGUCAAAUCAUCCAAGGUUUCAUUCGAAUAUGAAGGGGCUGCAACUGGUGUGAACUCAUCAGGUUCUCAAAUCAGUCCAACUGCUGAGCAGUUAGUAGAACCUCAAGGCACUAUAUCUGCUGAGAAGACAUCUGCGCAAAUUCUAGAAGCUAACGCCGAUUCAGCUGCUGACCAGUCAUCAGAAUCCCAAGAUGCCGCACCUGCUAUAGUUGCAAUGGAGCAGCCAUUGGAACCUCAACAUAAAGCAGAUGAAGAGAAUGCAGAAGAGCAUAAUAGUGAUGCAACUGCCCAGGAGUCAUCAGAGACUGAAAGUCGCACAGCUGCCAAGAUGCCCUCAGAAAUUGAAGGAGAUCCUGCUUCUGAUCAGUCAGCUGAGCAGCCAUCAGAGUCUCAAACUGCAGGUGAGAAGGCAACACUGAGCCAAAGUGAUGCAUUUCCCGAGGAUCAAGCAGAACCUCAAAUUGAUGCAGCCUCUGAUAGGUCAACUGAGCAGUUAUCAGAAUCUCAAACUGAAGUUGAGACACCAGUGCUGCAUCAAAGUGAUGCAACAAACGUGGUUCCAUCAGAACCUCGAAUUGAUGCAGCUUCUGACAAGUCAACUGAGCAGCCAUUGGAGCUCGAAAAUGAUACAUCUGUCGAGGAUGAAAAGUCACCAAAUACUGAAAGUGAUACUGUUCAUGAAAAAACAUCAGAAAGCAGCUCAGCUACUGAAACAUUGCCCGAGAGCACUCCAAAUAGCAGUAUAAGCAGUAAUGAAGCUGCACAAGGCAACGUUUCUGAGGAGGCACCACCUCAGAGCAGUGCACCCAUAGAAACACCAUCACAAAGUGCCAUAGCUGUUGAGGAGCCAAAACAUGAUGACGAGGCCAGCAUAAAGCCAUCCGAAGCAAGCAGUGUUCUUGUGGAGCCAUCACAGGAAGAUAGCGCCAGUGUAAACCCACCGGAGAACACUGUAACUCUUGAGAAGUCAUCAGAGGAAGAUGAGGUAAGUGUAAAGCCAUCAGAAGACAAUGCUGCUCCUGAGAAGGCUUUGGAGGAGGAUGAGGCAAGUGCCAAGCUAUCAGAGGACAGUAUGGUCCUUGAGAAGCCAUUGGAGGAAGAUGAUACCAGUACCAAGCAGUCAGACGACACUGUAACUCUUGAGAAGGAACCAGAGGAAGUCAAGGGAAAUGUGGAGCCAUCCCAAGACAAUGCUGGUCUUGAGAAACCGUUGGAGGAAGACGAGGCGAGUGCCAAGCCAUCAGAGGACAGCACGGCUCUUGAACAGCCAUCAGUGGAAGACGAUGACAGCGCCAAGCCAUCAGAUGACAGCAUGGAUCUUGAAAAGCCAGGGGCUCAGAAAUCGUCAGAGGAAGAAGAAGAUAGCUCAGCCGGCAACAAGUCAUCACCUGAGGAUACUGUCACUGAGGCGCCAUUGCAAGAUGACACAGACACCAGCACUGACAAACCCUCACUAGCUGCAGACACCAUAGAGGCUGUCUGAGCUCGCCAAGACAACGGUGAGCUAGUUACAAUUAGUUAACAACAGUACACAGUUUUUAACCCAGACGGGUGGAUACUGCUGUUGAUAGUUUGGUUUGCCUGCCAUUUUGUUUGUUUUUGUUUGUACAAUGCUUGAGUUGUAAAAUUUGAGGGAAAAACAAAAGGAACUAUAGGUAUUGAUGAUUUGAUUUGCUCACAAGCAAUAAGCCCCUCCCCAUAUCAGGAGGACGGCAUCAUUGAGGGUUUGAGGUUACAAACUUAUACAGUAGAUUAUGCGUGCGGUUUGAUUUGUUGUACAUCAGAUGAUGUAAAAGAUUUUAUGCAAAUUACUGUGUGCUUUUGCUCA